GACAUUUUCACAAUAACGUUAGUUACUUGUCGUUCAGUUGGUAUCGGAGCAUACUUAGUAAGGUUGGGGCAGCGUACAAUUCAAAAUGAGGGUCAACCCAUAAUAUUAACUGGAGCACCAGCAUUGAAUAAAGUGUUGGGAAGAGAAGUUUAUACAGGAAAUCUACAACUUGGAGGCACGCAAAUUAUGUUUAAGAAUGGAGUUUCACAUCUGACUGCACAAAAUGAUUUGGAGGGUAUUACAAAGAUUAUGCAAUGGCUUUCUUACGUUCCAGCCGUUCGAAAUUCUCCUGUACCAAUAUUUAUGAAUUCAGAUACUUGGGACAGGGAUGUUAAUUAUAUGCCUCCAAAAGGGCCUUACGAUCCAAGAUGGUUAAUUGCGGGCAAAUAUGAGAUUGAGAGAGAUCCCAACAGUUGGGUUAGUGGAUUCUUUGAUAAAGGUUCCUUUGUUGAAACUUUAAGUGGAUGGGCGAGGACCGUUGUAGUUGGACGAGCACGUCUUGGUGGAAUUCCAAUGGGUGUUAUAGCGGUUGAAACUCGUACUGUCGAAAGUAUAGUUCCAGCUGAUCCGGCUAAUGCAGAUUCUCAUCAGCAGCUGAUGAUGGAAGCCGGGCAAGUUUG